AUGAAGUUUGUCCGUUCCGCUCCUCGAGGAUCCAAUGAUGGUCCUUUUCGUUUGGACGAGGAUAAAGUUAUACCUUUGUCUGAUAUUCAGAAAAUCAUCGUCCAGGAACUGGUGGCAGAUGAGAGUUCUUUUCAGCUCGACGAUCCAGAUACUUGCUUACAGCACUUUUUCACAUCCAAUGAGGACGCGGAAGCAUUUUCCUUGACGUCAGAUGAACACUUCCCUCCAGAUCAAAUGUUUGAAGUAAAUAAACAGAAAUACAAUGUCACUUCUUCUUAUCGCGAAAAUCUUGAAGGGUACACGGUACCACUGGACAAAACUGAUCCAGAGUUCAAGGCAAAGGAGGAAUACUAUGCAAAAGUUGCAAAGGAGAUUGAAGAUAAUAAAUGCCUUGCUUCAGCAUGGGAAAGCUUAGCCGAUGGUGAAGCUGAAAACGAGGAGCUGAAGUUUAGUGCCGUGUUGCAGGAUGGCGUCCAAGGUAGGGAGUUCAAAAAUACCUUUGUUCGUACUAAUAAAAAGGGGGGACGUGGGAACAACCGUGCCUCUUUACCUCGAGAAUAUUCUGAAGUACACAAAUCUACGGAAACAAAAUCACUGAAAUCCAAUUCUGCCCCACUACGAGAUCAGAACAAGUCAUGCAGUGAUUCGACACCAAGUAAAGCAUCAUCUGACACCGCCUUGGAGAAAGUUUCUCCAAAACCAUCCUCUCAUGAGUCUCCAACCAUGGAUGCCUCUGAAAAUGCAUCCGCAUCGCCGGAGAAGGAUUCGUUGAAGCCAGCCGAGAGUGUAGGGAAAAGGGAGGAUAAGAAGAAGGGUUUUCUGGAUCCGGAUGCGCCAGAGUUCAAGCCUGCAGGAAUUAUUAAACCUCUUGAGUCGGCAGGUCUUGCCGGUGCCACCUUCAAUCCUGCUGCGUAUUCUCAACCGAUGCCUCUAUCGGUGUCUGGUUUUGCAGUAUCUGGUCAGCACCCUUUACCAAACGGUCCUACUCCCGCUGUUCAGUUUAAUUUGCCCUCUUCUGUCCCUUGCGUAUUAUCAUCUGCAAUGGCUUCCCAGUUUACGACUUUGCGUCACCCCCAAAUCAAUUUUUCUCCUCAACAUCUAGCCAUGGUGUCUCAACAAUUAUCUGCUCCAGGAUCAUUAUCUAGUCAGCCAAGUGUGGCUCAGUCCGCAGUUGGAUCAAGGGGACCAAGGCAAAGUGUUCCUGCUGGAAAUUAUUCUAAACAGCGUUCCAUUGACCAAGCUAACACGGCAUCUCAACAGUUACCCUUCCCAAUAUUCCCUCAGGGGUUUCCUAUAGUUCAAGCUGCUUCUUAUUCGAUAGGCGUUCCACUCAUUUCGCCAGUCACUGGAAAUUUUCAUACAACGGCAUACUCUGGGAUGCAUGCCUUCACUGGUACUGUCUCUGCCUCUCAAGCUUCGGGACAGCAGUCCUCUGCGACUUCGCAUUCUACGCAGCCACCAUCUGGGCAAGUAAACCACCUGCAGCCGAGUUCGCAAGCCAUUACUUCUUCCUCUCAGAUCUUUCUGAGCUACGUUAAUGUACCAAUUUAUAGUUACGAAUUUUAUGACGACUCGGAUGCAUUCCCUAAUGAUAACUGCUUAACAGAAGUAUACUUGUUCCCUUUAAUAUGA